AUUUUUACACUACAGGAGAUGAAAGCAGAAAGAAGAACGAUGAAUUUGUUCGUGUGGAUAUUAGUACUAAACUUUUUCUUGUGCUGGACCUCAGUUGACGCACAGACGGGGUUCGAUGUCCCUCUCACUGCACACGAGCAGAUGUACAUCCUUUAUGAAAUCAAACAGCAGUGCUACCAGAACCUCUCCAACAUUGAUCCCGGGGCCACAGAUGAGGUGUGCCCUCCAGACUGGGACGGGCUUAUCUGUUGGCCCGGGCUUGCUACCAAGGUCCCCUGUCCGACUUAUAUCUUCGACUUUAACCACAAAGGACACGCUUACAGGACAUGUGAUGUCAACGGUUCUUGGGUGUUUGCACACCGCUUGAACAAAACAUGGACCAACUACUCGGAGUGCUUCCUUCAGCCCACUGAUGAGAAAGGGAGACAAGAUUUCUUUGAGCGCCUGUGUGUCAUGUACACCAUUGGCUAUGCUGUGUCCUUUAGCUCUCUGCUGGUGGCCAUCUUUAUCAUCGGAUAUUUCAGGCGUCUUCACUGCACCAGAAACUACAUCCACAUGCACCUGUUUGUUUCCUUCAUGCUACGGGCAGUCAGCAUCUUUGUGAUGGACAAAGUGGUCUAUCCCAGUACUGGACUGCAGGACUUUGAUUCUGCCCUGUUGGACAACUUUAAGACAGUUAGCCUGCCUCCAUUGGACACCUCUCAGUAUAUUGGCUGCAAGUUCGCUGUAGUGCUCUUCAUCUAUUUCCUGGCCACCAACUACUACUGGAUGCUGGUAGAAGGCCUCUACCUCCACAGUCUCAUCUUCAUGGCCUUCCGAUCAGACUCCAAAUACCUCUGGGGCUUCAUCCUCAUCGGAUGGGGUGUUCCAGCUGUUUUUGUGGCAAUGUGGGCGAUUGUCAGGACAACGCUAGCAGAUGUAAGGUGUUGGGAGUUCAGCGCUGGUUACAUUAAGUGGAUCUACCAGGUUCCCAUCCUCACAGCCAUUGGGCUCAAUUUCAUCUUGUUUGUGAACAUCGUACGGGUUUUGGCCACUAAAAUUCGAGAGACAAACGCAGGGAGAUACGACACCAGGAAACAGUACAGGAAACUGGCAAAGUCCACCCUUGUACUAGUGCUGGUGUUUGGCAUCCACUACAUCAUCUUUGUGGGGCCUUAUACAAUCGAGGGCCUGAGCUGGGAAGUCCGCAUGUACUGUGAGCUGUUCUUCAACUCCUUUCAGGGUUUCUUUGUGUCCAUUAUAUAUUGCUACUGCAACGGAGAGGUCCAGGCAGAAAUAAAGAAAACAUGGACACGCUGGAACCUUGCCUUUGAGUGGGAGGGCCCGGUGGUCUGCGGUCGCUAUCGUUACGGCUCUGUAGUUGUCGGCAUCAACAACAACAGCACCAGCAGCCACUCCCACCUGGCGGGGGCGGGACUUUCCACACGCUCCACCACGCUGGUUUCAAGCCGUGUUUAUCGGAGCACGGAUCCCGCUGUGAUCGGCAUGCACGCCACCCUCCCCGGAUACGUGAUCAGUAACUCGGACCCAUCCAUACCUGAAGAACCGGAGGACAGCGGACCCAAGCAGGUGGACGAUAUCUCGCUGAAGGAAAAUCUGCCUGUUGUUAUUACGACUGCGACAGCUGAGGAUGAGGAGGAAACACUGUAGCAUUCGUCAAAAAAAGUGGCAUACACUGAGGAAACAGUUUGUAGUGCAUUUGUUUGGAGAGCAACCCAAUCCAUGUCACUCAAACUAUAAAGAGGGUUAUCAAAGACAAACAAACUUUGACUGAAUGUAAAUGAUAUGGAAUAAUGUAUCGAGCUUUCUUAUGAAAAAUGUAUACUUGGUUCAAAAAUAGAAAAUAUCAGCUGACUGAUCGUUUGACACAGAAGAGGAAACGUUAAAAAUAUCUGUUUAACUCCGCAAUCUCGACUCUACGUUGACAUUUUAGCCUUGUUGGAUUUUGUUGAUCGCUGAUGGAGAUUGUUUCUAUAUGGAUAUAUUUGUGGGAGUGUGAGGUGCCACAAGGUGAAUUGUAACUUGACAAACAAAGCACAUCUAAAAUGAAAGGGUUGCUACUUUGACCCUCUCACCGAAGACAAUCGUCAAUCAUGUUCAGGAGCUCUCAGGGAGGGCUAUGCUUUCUGUUGUCAAUAAUAGAAAACAUGCUUUUGCAUGAUUUAUAGUGGUCUAAAGUUAUGGAAAUGUAUUUCAAAAGAACACACAAACACUUUAGAAACAAACAUUGAAACAAUAUAUAUAUAUAUUGGGAAAACAGUUGUAAAAAAAGGUUGAUGUUGUUUUUUAAAUAAAUAAAAGGGCAGCAGCAUGACAGCUGCAGGAGAAAGGUAAUCUUCUGGAAUGUGUAGACGUGAUAAACCUUCGUUUUUGCCAUCAAAUGUUCAGUGAAUUGAAUCAUAGUGGUUUCAUUUUCUGCACAAAGCGACAUAUACAAUUUAAUCUACAGCCAUCUACAGGAGUUUCUUACUCUCUGGUUGCCUUAACUACAAUUCCAGCUGAUCACAGUUUCCGUCAUGAUGCAUCCCAAUGAAUUUUUGCUUUGGAAAAAUUAAGUGUCAUGGUGUCCCAAUGUGCGUGCUUGGAAUGUCAGCCCACAUUUCUGAAGAUAAACAUCCUUUCUACAGCUUCGCAUGUAACUAAAUUGUAUGCCGAAAAUAUUUUUUAUUUGUGUUUUCUAUUACCUUGAUCUGCUUACAUCUGUGGAUUCACUUGCUAUGUUUACUGCUUGUAAGCAAGGACACAACAAAAUAGGAUAACAGUUUAUAUGGCCCAUCAAAUGCAACAAUAAUGCAGCAUUUAAAUGACAACUUUUUUUGACAAUCAACUAUUGUGACUUCUGUGAAGGGCUUCAUUUGGUGGCUUCUUAAAAGUGUGUGCUUUGUGCAUGUGUGUUUGUUAGUGCAUUGAAUGCCUUUCUUGUUGUUAAAAGAUGAUCGUUAUUGUACAUGCAUUAUCUUGUCUGUUUAUGUGAUAAAGGCUGUUUUUCUCUGUGC